AGAAGGGCCUCAGGGUUCCAGAGAGACGUCUGCCACCUGCAACCUGCCCCCAGCGGGCCUGCCGUCGGGUCUUGGCACCCUCCCGCUCUCCCCCAACCAUGACCGAAAUGAGCGAGAAGGAGAACGAACCGGAUGACGCGGCCACCCACACCCCCCCGGGGACCGUCUCUGCCCUCCAGGAAACCAAGCUGCAGCGGUUCAAGCGCUCGCUUUCCCUCAAGACCAUCCUCCGAAGUAAGAGUGUGGAGAACUUCUUCCUUCGCUCGGGCUCUGAGCUCAAGUGCCCCACUGAGGUGCUGCUGACCCCCCCAACCCCGCUGCCCCCUCCCUCCCCACCAUCGGCAUCUACAGACGGGGGCCUCCCGACCCCGGCCCCCUCCCCCUGCCCCAUCCCACGGCCCCUGGCAUCACUCAAACCAGUAAGACUGCACAGCUUCCAGGAACAUGUCUUCAAGAGAGCCAGCCCCUGUGAGCUCUGCCACCAGCUCAUCGUGGGAAACUCCAAGCAGGGUUUGCGGUGUAAGGCAUGCAAAGUGAGUGUCCACCUCUGGUGCUCUGAGGAGGUCUCCCGCCAGCCGUGCCCUGGCAAGGCGUCCUCCUUCCGCCGCAACUUCAGCUCCCCGCUCCUGGUGCAUGAGCCACCCCCAGCCUGUGUCACAAGCAGAGAGUCCCCACCCACUGGAGCCAGCGGGAAGGUAGACCCCGUCUACGAGACCCUGCGCUAUGGCACCUCCUUGGCGCUGAUGAACCGCUCCAGCUUCAGCAGUACCUCUGAGUCCCCCACGCGGAGCCUGAGUGAGCGGGAUGAGCUGACUGAGGAUGGGGAAGGCAGCAUCCGCAGCUCAGAGGAGGGCCCUGGAGACAGUGUAUUCACAGCCCCGGCCGAGAGUGAAGGGUCAGGACCGGAGGAGAAGAGCCCCAGACAGCAGCCCCCCAAGCCCCCUCUGCGAAAGGACGUGGGGCCCAUGUACUCCUACGUCGCGCUCUACAAGUUCCUGCCCCAAGAGAACAAUGACCUGGCUCUGCAGCCUGGGGACCGGAUCAUGCUGGUGGAUGACUCUAACGAGGACUGGUGGAAGGGCAAGAUUGGCGACCGGGUUGGCUUCUUCCCAGCCAAUUUUGUGCAGCGAGUCAGGCCAGGUGAGAACGUUUGGCGCUGCUGCCAACCCUUCUCUGGGCACAAGGAACAGGGGUACAUGAGCCUCAAGGAGAACCAGAUCUGUGUGGGCGCGGGCAGGAGCAAGGAUGCUGACGGCUUCAUCCGCGUCAGCAGCGGCAAGAAGCGGGGCUUGGUGCCAGCCGAUGCCCUGACCGAGAUCUGAGAGGAGCCAAGAGAAGCCAGAUGCCACCCCUGCCCAUGCCUGGCCCUUGCUUCUGACCCCGGAGGGGAACAGGCAUCUGCCCACACUCUUCUGCCCUCUGCCUCUCUCCUAGGGGCCACUCCCCGGGCCUUGGGAGCCUUCUGCACUGAGGAAGGUUUUAUUUCUUGGGUCCCAAGGUGCCCUGAGGGAGUUGCUCCUCUGGGACUUGGGCAUGAGGAAGGAGGAGAAAGUGGGAGGGAAUGGGGAAGCUCCAGGUAGGUCCAGCCAAUGCCCGGAUACCCCCAGUUGCCACGCUGAGUGCAGCCCCGGGGAGGGGGGCGUUCCUGGGGAACUUUCCUGCUGCUUUGUCCAGAGAGCCUUCCCACGUCCACACCACCUUUGCAUGCCCGACACCAUCCCCCUCUCCCCACAGAGCCCCUGGUUGGGUCUAUGUGUGUGACCCUGCAGCUGCCCCUUUGGAAGGAAGUGGGGCCUUGGGAAGGUGCCUUCCCGAGUCCCUCAGCCCCCUGCCGCCAGGGGUUGGGAGGCGAUUCAGGGCUGCAGGAGGAUCCUGAGUCCACCUCCUGGUUUCACCACCUCUGUCACUCCAUCAAUUCUCAGGAAAGUUCUGCGGGAAUCUCUUCCCUUACUUGAAACCCAGGCAGACAGAGGAGGGAGGGGGCGUGUUCUAGGGAAAGCGUGGGUAAAUCAGAGACUGUCUCCUCAAGAACAGUCACCACAGAGCAGCCUCAUCGUGCCCUUGUCCCCUGGA